UCAUAUUCUCUCCCUCGCCCCUCUUCUCUCCUGCCAUUAUUCCGUCUCCGCCGAAAAUUCAAAGUGGAGUGGUGAUAGCUCCUCGAUUCUCCCCUCUGAUCCUUAUGAUCGUGUUGUUGCGCGAUUCUGGGCUGCGUAUUUUGAUGACAAGGUGGUUCCAGUCCAGAGAGCGAAAGGGUGGCGUUGAUAGAGCAGCUAGCGGAAGGAUUGGUGCCGAGGAGGCUUUCGAGACAUGUAGCAAAAGGAAGAGCUACUUCGGGGGAGAUAACAUUGGUUACACUGAUAUUGCUGUUGGAAGCUUCAUUGGAUGGAUCAAGGCAAUCGAGAAAAUGAGUGGCAUCAAGGUUCUGGCUGAGGCAAAAACACCGGGCCUCGUCGGAUGGGUGACCAAGUUUCUGUCGACUGAUGCUGCUAAGAAAUUUGUUCCGGAGCCUGAAGUGUAUGUUGAGCUUCUUAAGAAGAUGCAGGCUUGAGCCUGAGCUGCAUAAAGGAACUGGGGGUGUGUCUGUUUGAUCCAAUAAGUGACUUGUGUUUUCUAGCAAGUUUAUGUAGUAUUAAAAUCAUAAGAUAAGUACAGAUCGCUUGUAAUAUUUGAAUUAUAAGUGUGAAGUACAUGUUAU